UUGUGGGUCAGCUCCCACCCGGGGGGUUUCCCCAACUUGUGGGUCAGUUCCCACUUGGGGGGUUUCCCCAAGUUGUGGGUCAGCUCCCACCCGGGGGGUUUGCCACUGUUGUGGGUCAGCUCCCACCUGGAGGGCUGCCCACUGUUGUGGGUCAGCUCCCACCUGAAGGGCAGCAGCCGCUGCUCUUGCUCCUACCUGGCGGGAUGAAGCCAGGAAUGCCUCCCCCCAGUUCCCCUGCUCACUGCUACCAGGGGAUAGCAGGGACGCUGCAGCCCCAGCAGCCGAUGGGGCUGUGGCCUGGGGCUGUGUUGCAUGGGAAGCCUGCAGGCAGCUGCCCGCUGCAGGCCCCCGGCAGCCCCAGCCCCUCAACACUCCUCCGAGGACAGCCAGUGCAGCAGCACGUGCUCCCCGUGCCCUGCACCCUGCUCGUCAGCAGGGAGCAGGCGGUGCAGCCCUUCGGAGAUGCCGUGGUGCUCACGGAGGACCAGGGGCACCCAGCAACCACCAACGUGUGCCCCCAUCCCACGUCGGCUCCGCUCACCUGCAGCACCGCAGCGCUGGAAUCAGGUGCAGCAACAACGAGCUCAAACAUCCCAGAGGACAUCAGUGACAUCAAUGACCUCCUGAGUUGGAUGAACAACGAAGUGGCACCCAAAACAGAGGUCCCGCACAUGGAUGAUCUGUUGGUGGAUGAUCACUCGGCCGAGUGCCCAGCGCCCGCCUGCACCACCAGCGGGCACCAGCAGCACACUGGCAGCACCCAAGCCUUAAAGAGGAAGCUGCCGCAGGGCCACGAUGGUUCACAACCGAAACGCCGGCGCUAAGCAAAGCUGGGUGGGCUUCAGCGUCUGCAGAAACCGGGCCGCCUGGUGCAGCAGGAGACAACAAAUAAGGCUUCCUGUCGCCCUGGGCUCCUCGCCGGCCUCCGCAGCACACACACAGCAGCGGCAGUGCUCCAGGGGCACCAGCACCGGCCCCAGCCCUACCCCUCCAAACCUGGGCUGUCCACCGACAACACCUUGGACUGGGACAAUGUGGGACUCCAUUGGAUGACAUUAUAUUAUCCUAUUUUAUGUUAUUUCAUGCUCAAUUAUGUUACAUUACAUUAAAUUACUUUAAAGUAUCAAAUGUUUUGUAUUCACUUUGGUACACCUCUGCCUGCAGACGUUCGUGCAGCCCCAAAGCCCCCCAGACCCUCGUGCCCACCUGCAGGGCAGGACGGGGCAGCACAAAGGGCCGUGUUCCAGGGCUGCCCCACCGGCCCCACUCCUCCCCUCCAAAAUCCCCUCCCCUCCUCAGUCAGCUCCUGCUCACUGAUGGCCUACAUCACCAUAACUGCUGCCAGUGCCCCCUCCGGGUUGUCCGGCUGUGGGACGGUAACCCCCUGCCAUUGCCAUCCCCUGAAGAAGAGUGCAGAGGAAGCAGCCGGAGGAGGUGCCCAGGAGCAGCCAGGCCUGUUGAGCUCCCACUGGGAGGCAGAGGCCGUGCUCGUUGUCCAGGGGGCAGCUCCCAGCCCCUUAAGGUGGGGGGUGCGGUGGUGGUACCUGGGGGCAGCAAUGGGGCUGCAGGGCGUCACGCAGUGCCCAGGCAUGGGAGGCAACGCGAGGGGCAGCCAGGGACGAUGUCCAGGCACACACAGAGGCUGCUGGUGACAGGUCCAGCUCAGAAUCAAUAGAACGGCCUGGGUUGAAAAGGACCACAAUGAUCAUCUUGUUCCAACCCCCUGCUAUGCGCAGGGU